AUGCCUCGCUCCGACGCCAACGACGCCGACGAGGUCCUGGGACUCCUGGGCAACGCCGCCCACCAGGAGCUCGAGCUCGAGCUCGAACCGCAGCCUUCCUUCACUCACCGCCACACCGACGACCUGGGAAUCACAUCGCAGAGUCCCUACGACACCAGCAGCAGCAAUCACGACAACAACCUCCUCACCUCCUCACCGCAAUCCCUCUCCCCCUCGCCGUCUCCCGCUCCCGCCACCGCCGCUCACCGACCGCUGCCGCUCACCUCCAUACCACGCGCGUCCUCGGCCUCGCCUGCUCCAGAUGCUACCCCGUCGCCCGCCCUCGGCGCCAACGGCAAACCCGCGCUUCCGCGGCGGCAGUCGAGCCUGGCGCAACCCCGGCCGGACGGCACGCCGCGGACGCCAAACCGGGUGCGCUUCGACGAGGAGGCGGAGCUGAUCCCGCUGGAGGAGCACUUCCGCCGCAGCAGCGAGGGAGGCGCCAACAGCAACGGCGGCCGAGGACCCGCAAGGUACCACAAUGUCGGCGGCGGGCCGCGGCAGCAUCCGUACGCCACGCGCAUGCCGCUGGGCGGCGACAGCGACAGCGACGAGGGCGGCGACGACCGGGCGUGGGCCGACGAGGAGGACUUUUUGUCGAACGGCGCGGCGGGCGGCAGGGGGAGAAGAGGCAGGCGCAGCAACAGCAACGGCGGGAGGGGAGGACGGGAACAAAGGCUGCCGCUGCUCACGGAUAUCGAGGCGCCGAGCGUCACGGUUGCGAAUUCGGAUGUUGGAUUCGCCCCCGAGGAUCUCUUGGAGAGCGCGAGGCCGAAGAGCGGGCUCAGGAGCGCGUUCAUGAAUAUGGCUAACAGCAUCAUUGGCGCUGGCAUCAUUGGUCAACCUUACGCUUUCAAACAAGCGGGUCUGCUGACCGGUAUUCUUCUACUUGUGGUCCUGACCGUCACCGUCGAUUGGACGAUCCGCCUCAUAGUCGUGAAUUCGAAGCUCAGUGGAGCAAAUUCGUUCCAAGCAACUGUGCAACAUUGCUUUGGAAAUUCCGGCUUGAUAGCUAUAAGCGUUGCCCAGUGGGCUUUUGCGUUUGGCGGCAUGAUAGCAUUUUGCAUUAUCGUAGGCGACACCAUCCCGCAUGUGAUGGAAGCACUGUUCCCUUCGCUACCCGAUACCCCAUUCCUAUGGCUGCUCACGGACAGACGAGCAGUCAUUGUUUUUUUCAUUUUGGGCAUUUCCUAUCCCCUUUCGUUGUAUAGAGAUAUUGCCAAGUUGGCAAAAGCAUCAACAUUGGCUCUUAUUAGCAUGCUCAUCAUCAUCGUGGCGGUUCUCACGCAAGGUCCGAGAGUUCCUCAAGACAUGAAAGGUCAAAUUAGAGGAAGUUUAAUCAUCAAUGACGGCGUUUUUCAGGCUGUGGGCGUUAUCUCAUUUGCUUUUGUAUGCCACCAUAACUCCCUCCUUAUCUAUGGCUCCCUUAAAAAGCCCACACUCGACCGCUUUUCCAAGGUCACGCACUUCAGCACCACGGUAUCGAUGAUCGCGUGUCUGCUCAUGGCGCUCGCUGGCUACUUGACCUUUGGUGACAAGACACAAGGGAACGUUCUUAACAACUUUCCAACCAACAACGUCUUGGUCAACGUCGCUCGUCUGUGCUUCGGCCUCAACAUGCUGUCAACGUUACCACUCGAAGCGUUCGUCUGCCGCGAGGUCAUGGAGAAUUACUAUUUCCCCGGUGAGCCGUGGGAUGCGAGUAGACAUCUCAUCUUCACCACGACGCUAGUGACCAGUGCCAUGGGUUUGAGCUUGAUGACAUGCGAUUUGGGUGUUGUCUUCGAGUUGGUCGGAGCAACAUCCGCUUGCGCACUCGCUUAUAUCCUUCCACCUCUAUGCUUCCUCAAGCUCUCAACCAAGAGGUCCGGCCGCACGGAACGCAUCUGCGCUAUGGCCUGUGUGGCCUUUGGCUGUUCCGUCCUGGGCGUCAGCUUGGUUCAGGCCGUCACGAAGAUGAUGCGCAAUGAAGGAGGCGUGGCCACUUGCAACUAG